AUGCGGCCGGCGUCGGGGGAGGGGCGUUCGGCAUCUGAAGGUCGUCCGCAUUCCUCGCGUCGCCGUCCGCUGCUACCGCGCUUACGUAGCGCCCCCCGCACCGCCGCCGUCGUUGCGCCCGCGCCGACCGAGCGAGUAACAGUUGUAUCGAGAUGCGACAUGCGUGCUCUGUGUUCGGUUCGAGGGCCGCUCGGCGGGGAAACGCGCGCGCUCGGUGCGGGCGCGCGGCUUCUUUCGCUGCGUAUGCCCGGCCAGCCUCAGCCGCUGCACUUCGUCGUCGAAGCCAAGGCACGAGUCAAAGAAUUGAAAUCAUUAGUCAGCACACAUGCUCAACUACAAGGCAUGAUCGACACGGACCUAUUCGGACUAGCUGUUUUACAAAAUGGAGAAUACUUAUUUGUUGACCUAGAAAGUAAACUAUCAAAAUAUGCACCAAAAAGUUGGAGGUCUUCACAUACUCAUGGUUUGGAUGCAAAUGGAAAACCUCUCCUAGAGUUACAUCUAGUGAUUCAGUUCCAUGUAGAGAGUCCAUUGCUUUUACACGAUGAUAUCGGGCGGCAUUUAUACUUCUUACAACUACGUCACAAUGUUAAAUCACGUGACGCGUUACCUGCGGAAGCCGUUCUCCUGCUAACAGGCCUAGCUUUACAAGCAGAAUAUGGAGAUGCCGACAACUAUGAAGAUCGUGAUUAUUUUAAGGUGGAAGAUUAUGCUCCAUUAUCCCUCACGGGUGAUUGGGUCGCUGCCGCUAUGCGGGGAUGUCAUCGCGAGCAUCGUGGUCUUUCAAAAACUGAUGCUGAAACGAGAUUCAUACGAGAAGUAUGUUUACUACCCGACACGAUAAACUCGCACCGUUAUCGACUAAAGCAAUCUAAAUCGGAACCAGAACCAGGAACAGUAUGGUUGCUUAUUACUGCAAAAGGCAUUAAAGUUCUUCCGGACAAUGGUAUAUUUUCAAAUUUUAUAUGGAGUUCCAUUGGUAAACUAAGCUUCGAUAGAAAAAAAUUUGAAAUAAGAACUGAAGACGGCAAAGUGACACUGUAUUCCAAUAACGAGGAGAAAUGUAAAUAUUUAUUCGCAUUAUGCAAGGAAACUCACCAGUUCUCAAUGAAGAUUGCACCAAAACUCAAUGAAAUCAUUAGAAAUGAAGAAGAAGAGCGUAAAGCUUGUUAUGGUUACUCAAAAUCGCUAAACAUACAGUACAAUCAAAACAAAAAUGAACAAAGAAUAUCAGUAAUUUCAUCAACUAGUUCAAAUACCACUUCUGGUAUCGUAAGUGACAGGGUUCAAUCUGAAGAUGAGUUAGAGAUUAUGAUAGAUUCACCGCCAGCACCGUCAACAGAAAGUCUAGCUUUUGCACAUUUACUAGAUAGUUCAAAUUCUUAUUUUAUUCGUCACAUUCCUCAGGGCAAUGAACCCUUAAAUAAAACCUCGUCCUUACAGAUACACAAAGCAAAAGGACGAACAAAAAAAACAAAAGAUGACCUUGAAAAUACAAUUAGCAAAAUCGAUACACUCUCAGUAGAUAUAAGUGAAAACUCUUCAAAUAAUUUAGAAGACAGUGCUUCAUUACCUGAUCAAAAUCAAACUGAAAGCGACAGUCCAGUUUCAAACAAGCUUAAAUGUACUGGAUCGCAAUGUUCUUCAUCUUGUAGUACAGUUAUAAUGACUCGAGCUACUCUUAGUACAUUAAGUAGGGUAUCUAACACAAGCAGUUUAGAAUUAGGUUACAGCCACACUGCACAAAACUCUAUGAUAAGCGAUAAUAGUACUGUCGAUAUUGAUGCAGAAUAUACUCAAGACACCGCUUCAGCGCUGUACGAUGGCUUAGGUCAACCCGUUACUGUGGCUGCUUCAAGCGAAACAAGUGGUGUCUAUACAAUGGGCAGUUCAGAACUCACAGCCCGAUCAAAGUUGGAUACACUUUCAGAAGGAAGUAGAACCGAGUACUCACACUAUGAUAGUUAUAAAAUCUCUAAAGAUAAUGAUCUAGCAGACUUUGAUAGCGUUUCAUCAAUUCUAAAAAAUAAAUCAGAAAGAUCUAGUCAUUCAAAUAAUACAUUGAGAUUACGGAAAACUUUACCUAACAGUGAUUGCGUUGAUGGUGCAACAAACUUUUCAAGUCAAGAACAUAGUGAUAACUUGUUUAGAGAACGAACCAAUUCUAAUGUCAGUGCAGCCUCAUUUCAUGGUGACGGCAGUGACCCUACUGAUAAUAAACAUAACCUACUAACAGCUAGCGAGUUAAGUGAUUUAAUUGUAGGUCGUGGCGUUUAUCCUAGAAGUCAAUCAGUCAGUGAUACCCUAGAUUCGGUUUCAGACUAUGUCAGACUACCAUUGCCUUUCUCUGGUGAUAGUUAUCUCCAAGGGCAUGAAGACACUGCUCCAUCUGACGAUAACUAUCCAAAUAAUAGUUUCUUUGAUCGGCCUCCAACACCACCAGCGAGGACAGACAGCCGAAAACUAUUAAAUCUAUCUCUACCUAAUAUUUUAGGUUUAGAUGAUAAUACACCCGUUAGAUCGUCUUUUCCUAACAAACCACCUCCUCCAUAUGAAUAUAAUCAUAAGACACUAGCCACAUACACUCAAGCCCCUUUAAAAGCUCCACCUGCUUAUCCUGGUACAUCAUUAUCUUCAAUGUCUAUUAAACAAGCGGUCGAAAAAGAAGAAGUUGCAGCUAGAGUUGUUACUUCGAAACCCAUGAUUACAAUUUUAAAAGCAGAGGCAGGAGAAGUAAAUGCGUCAAGUGAAAGAACAUUUGCUAGUCCAAUGGUAAUAGAACAUAGAUUCCAGAAAUCUAAACGUCAUCAAGCUUCUAGUCGCAGAGUAGAACGGUCGAAAUUGGUGCAAGGAAUAAAUAAUCUCUCUCCAUCUAGAGAAAUGCCGCAACAUAGUGUAGAUACAAAUGUGCUAGUAGCAAUGAUGAAACUACCUCCACCUCCCCCGCCUCCGAGAAGAACUCGACUACCACCUCCGCCGCCAGUUUCUCGGCUACCGCCACCACCACCGCCACAGAACCCCAUGUUCCAUCAACAAUUAUAUAGUGACGUUGAUUAUGUUUACUAUCCCAUGCAAGAUCCUGCAAUUUCACAACAAAAUUAUCUUGAUCACAAAUUGACAGAAACACGACUGACAAAUAUGCACAAAUCCAGUCUGCAAUAUCGCAGUACACCCUACAUAUCAAUGUCUAUGUCAGCAACAUCUAUGUACGGAUCUAUACAAAAUCUUUCCGACUCGUACGUACAGUUACCAGGAGCACGUACCAGUUGGUACUCAUUAAAUAGUAGAACGUCGCUCAGCAAUCAUUCUAUUAACAUAGAAAGACCACCAAUACCAAUACGCCGAACUGAUUUCUCAAACUUUUCGCGGGCUAAGUCCGAUGAAAAUAUAUUAAACACUAAAGAGCCACCACCAAUCAAAAUGCGACGCAUGCCCCCACCGCCACCGCCACCCUAUGAACAUAAGAAAAUACUUCCCACACAUUUAAAAGAAACCCCCAUAAAUAAAAGCAACAUUAGUGAGUCUACCAUAAGUAAAACGAGAGAUGCAAAUUGUGAUUUAGAUAUUAAAACGUUAAGGGAAAAAAGCAAGAAUCUUGACUUGCCCCUUAUAGCAGCUUUGUGUAAUGACCGAUCGUUGUUGAAGCAAACUAAGGCUUUUGGUGCUCCUAAAUUAAGUAAACAAUCAACUAGUGAAAGUGAACAUAAAUGUGCCAAGCCCGUGCAAACCACCACCGACACGUUAGAUCAUAAGAAACAAGAAAGUAAUGUGAAAAAAGUAUCUACAGGGUCUCAGAAAAAGUUAAUAGUUAGAAAUCCUACAGACAAACUUCCAGCAUUACCAAGUUCUGCGAGUCAUACACCUAGAGCUAUGUCUAAUACCUAUGUUAUGCAUCCGAGUGUUAUUAAAUUAAAGAAAACGCAACCAAGCUCAUGA